GAUAUGUAAUGGGUCGGGUCUGUCUGUCAAAGUGGAGAUCUAAGUUUAACACGGUGGAGAGAGGGAGCGAGCAAGAGGUUGACACUAGUGGGAACAGGGGACUGUCUGUGAACACUUGCCUUCGUCUGCUGCUUGGCCUGCCCUAGCCUUCUGGCUUGGAAAAAACAUUAUUUAUUGGUCUAUUUAUUCUGCUUCAUUAUAUUUUCUACUUUUUUUUUACCAUUCUUUUGUUACUUGAGUCUUGAGGUUUUUUUCUUCACUGAGGGUGUUUCUGAAAACAAGCAGUCAUGAAUAUCCAGUCGUGUGCCAGGUGUGGGUUCACCGUCUACCCAGCCGAGAAGAUUAACUGCAUGGAUCAGAACUGGCACAAAGCGUGCUUUCAUUGCGAGGUCUGUAAGAUGGUCCUAACUGCCAAGAACUUUGUCAGCCACCAGAAACGGCCAUACUGCCAAGUGCACAAUCCCAAGAAUAACACUUUCACCAGUGUUUAUGCGACGCCCAUCAAUAUCAACGCUAAGAAACAAGCAGAGGCUGUCAGUGAGCUCAAAUAUCGAGAAGAAGGGGAACGGUUUAAGUCAACUUUCCACUAUGACAUGAGGUCAAAGGAGCUUGAACUGGCCCGUAAAACCAGCCAGAUGAGCAGUCAGGUGGCCUACUCUGCUGAGUUUUCAGAGCAGCAGAGCUAUUACUCGCAGUCGCAGUCCGUCUCCCACCAGGAGAUGGUCAGAGUGGCUCAAGCACAGAAGAACAUAAGCAGUGUUCAGUAUAAGAAGGGGCACGAGGAGCGGGUGACACAGUUCACCUCUAUCACAGACUCACCUGAGAUCAUGCAUGCUAAGACGGGCGCUGCCCUGGCCAGUGAUGUGAAAUACACAGAGGAAUAUGAGCAGUCCAAAGGUAAAGGGAGCUUCCCGGCCAUGAUAACCCCGGGAUAUGAGCAAGCCAAGAAAGCUGGAACUCUCGCGAGCAAUGUGGAGUACAGGAAAGGGCAUGAGGAGAGUUUGUCAAGGUACACAGCUGUGGCUGAUACCCCCGAGGUGCUGCUGGCCAAAGCCCAGAGCCACAUCAGCAGUGAUUAUGCCUACACUGAGGGCUAUGAACAGCAGAGGGGGAAAGGCAGCUUCCCGGCCCACUUCACGCCUGGGUACCAGGUGGCCAAGAAGGCCACAGAGAUGGCCAGUAAAGUGAAGUACCAGCAGAAGUAUGAGCAGGAGAUGAGGGGCAAAGCCAGCACUGAGGCGGGCAUGGCGGAGAUGGUGCAGGCAAAGGAUAAUGCCAGCGGUUUCAGCCAGCUGGCCUACACGGAGGACUACGAGCAACAGAGGGGCAAGGGCAGUUUCCCGGCCAUGAUCACACCAGCCUACAUGCAGGCCAAGAAGGCCAACGCACUGGCCAGCAAUCUGACAUACAAGAAGGAUCUUUCCAAGAUGGGCUCCUCUCACUAUAGUACCUUGAACACCGAAGACAACCUGUCCAUGAAAAAUUCUCGUAAAGUCAACAAGAUGUGCAGUGAGGUUGAGUACAGGAAAGACCUUGAGACCAACAAAGGCCACAGCAUCAACUACUGUGACACGCCACAGUUCAAGUCCUCCAGCAAGGCUGCUAAGUUUUCCAGCGAUAACAAAUAUAAGGAGAAGUAUACCAACCAUAUGAAGGGCCACUAUGAAGGAUCUGGCCUGGACAAGAAGACCAUGCAUGCCAUGAAAGUUACGAAUUUGGCCAGCAACAUCGCAUACAAGUCUGAAUAUGACAAGGAGAAGACAGAGCAAGGGGAGUACAACUAUCCAGCUACUAUCACGCCAGGAUACAAGGCCCAGAGGAAACUAGACCCGCUGAAGGAUGUGAACUACAGGCAGCACAUUGACAAGUUGAAGUACCACACAGUGGCCAACACUCCUGACAUUGUGCAGGCCAAGAUCAACGCUCAGCAACUCAGUAAUUUGAACUACAGGGCCGACUAUGAAAAGAACAAGAGCCAGUAUACGCUGUCACAAGACAUGCCCGAGCUCAAGAAGGCCAAAGCCAAUGCUGACUUGAUCAGUGACAUCAAAUACAGGGAAGACUGGGAGAAGACCAAGUCCAAGGCAUGUGACAUCGGCCUGGAGACUCUCAAUGUCAAAGCUGCCAAGGCAUCCCGAGACCUGGCCAGUAAUAUCAAAUACAAGGAAAACUUUAUGAAGGACAAGUCAGUGUGUUUCAAUGUAAGCGACUCCAAGACUCUGCACUCUCUACAGGUGCACAAGCUCAACAGUGAGACUGCCUACAGGAAGGACUCAAAGGAGAACCAGACGCACUGCCAUCUGCCCCUGGACAUGGUGAAUCUCAGCCACGCCAAGAAGGCCCAAGCCCUGGCAAGCGACCUGGACUACAGGAAGAAGCUCCACGAGUACACUGUUCUGCCCGACGACAUGAAGGUCGCGCAGGCUAAGAAGGCCUACAAUCUGCAGAGCGAGAAUGUGUACCGCUCAGACCUGAACUGGAUGAAGGGUGUGGGCUGGGAGGUGGACGGCAGCUUAGACGUCUCCCAGGCCAAGAAGGCAGGAGAGAUGCUUAGCGAGAAAAAGUACCGUCAGAAGGCGGACAGGGUGAAGUUCACGCAGGUGGCCGACACUCCACAGAUCAAACACGCCAAGAUGAGCCAGGAGCUUCAGAGCGGGCUGACGUACAAAGCAGACUCAGAGCAGAUCAAACACCAGUACACCAUGACCAAUGAUGAGCCAGUCUUCAAGCAGGCCAAGGCCAACGCAGAGCUUCUGAGUGGGAAAUGCUACAAGAGCAGCUGGGAGGCGCAGAGAGAGAAAGGCUUCGAGCUCCGCAUGGACGCCCUGUCCAUCUUCACAGCCAAAGCCAAGGGGGACCUGGCCAGUAAUCUUAAGUACAAGCAGAAUUACGAGAUGACGAAAGGGAAGAUGAUUGGCGUGAAGACUGUGGCAGGCGACUCUCAGAUGGCCCACUCCAAAAUGGCCUCCAAACUCCAGAGCGGCCUCAACUACAAGAAGCAGUACGAGGACACCAAGGCUAAACACAGCUCCUCUCUGGACAUGCUGACUCUCACACACGCUAAAAAGGCCCAGGACAUGGCCACCGACAUCAACUACAGGACCUACCUGCACGAGUACACCACCAUGCCCACUGACAUGAAGGUGCAAUGGGCCAAGACUGCUUACAAUCUGCAGAGUGAUAAAACCUACCGCUCUGAUCUGAACUGGAUGAGAGGAGCUGCCUGGAUGGCCGGAGGAUCCCUUGAUGUGCAGCAGGCCAAGAAGGCAGGAGAUCUCAUCAGCGAGAAAAAGUACCGUCAGCACGUGUCCGAUCUGAAGUUCACCAGCGUGGAGGACACACCGGAGAUGGUGCAGGCCAAACUCAGCAGCAAGCUCAACCUGGAUCGUCUAUACAGAGAGAAGGGAGAGAGUGCGAAACACAACUACACUCUCACAGGCGACCUCCCGGAGCAUGUACAGGCCCGACAGAACGCCAUGAACAUCAGUGAUAAACGUUACAAAGAGUCUUGGACAAAGAUCAAAGAUGCCGGCUACCACUUACGUCUGGACGCCAUUUCUUUCCAGGCCGCUAAAUCUUCGAAUGACAUUUUCAGUGAUCAAAAAUACAGGCAGCAGUUUGUGAAGUCAAAGGGUAAGAUGAUUGGUCUGAAGGGUCUGCAGGACGACAUCAACAUCGCCCACUCUGUCAACUCCACCAAACUACAUAGCGAUAUCACAUACAAGAAGGACUCCACCAAAGUGCACUCCCAGUUCCACCUGCCCAUGGACAUGCUGGAGGUGGCCCACGCCAAGAAGGCCCAGGCGCUGGCCAGCGACCAGGAUUACAGGCUCAUGUUGCACCAGUAUACCUCCCUGCCGGACGACAUGAAGGUGCAGGCGGCCAAGAGAGCCUACGAGCUGCAGAGUGACAAAUCGUACCGCUCUGACCUGAACUACCUUCGCGGUGCAGGCUGGAUCGCCACUGGGGCUCUGCAGAUCGAGGGCUCCAAACGCGCCACAGACCUCAUCAGUGAUAAAAAGUACCGGCAGCAGGCCUCUUCCUUCAAACACACCUCUGUGACUGACUCUCCAGAUAUGGUCCAUGCCAAGUUUAGCAACAAGUUAACCAAUGAGCGGCUGUACAAAGAGGAUGGUGAGAAUGUGCGACACCACUACACAUGCACAGCAGAGAGACCAGAAAUCACCCAGGCAAAGAUCAAUGCUGCCAACUACAGCGAUAGUAAGUAUAAAGAGUCGUGGCAUACGCUGAGAGCUCAGGGCUAUAAACUGACCAUGCAGGACAUACCCUUCCAGUCAGCCAAGGCAUCCACAGGCCUCGCCAGUGAUGUCCAGUACAAGCACAGCCACGUGCUGGAAAAAGGCAAGCACAUCGGGGUGCAAAGCGUGCAGGAAGACCCCCUGCUGGCCCACUGCAUGCAGAUGGGCCGUCUCCACAGCGACCAGCAGUACCGCAGGGACGCCCUGAGCACCAGCGGACAGUACCACCUGCCUCUGGACCUGGUCAACCUGGUUCACGCCAAGAAGGCCCAGGGCCUGGCCAGCGACCAGGACUACAAGACCCGACUCCAUGAAUACACCGUGCUGCCGGACGACAUGAAGGUCCAGUGGGCCAAGAAGGCUUACGACCUGCAGAGUGAUAAAGUGUACAAGUCAGACCUGACCUACAUGAAGGGCGUGGCCUGGGACUCUGUGGGUGCGCCUCAGCUGGAGUCGGCCAAGAAGGCAGGAGACUUGAUCAGUGACAAGAAGUAUCGUCAGAACGCCGACCGCAUCAAAUUCACCUCAGUGGCAGAUUCCCCUGACAUUCUCCAUGCUAAAAACAGCUACAUGCAAUGCAGUGAGAGGCUCUACCAUACUGGAGACCCGGAUGCCAUGAACAAGUACACUCUCUCGGCUGACAACCCUGACUUUGUCAGGGCAAGACUGAACGCACAGCAGAUAAGCGAUAAAGUUUAUAAAACUUCAGGAGAGAUGGUGAAAUCUGCAGGAUGUGACCUAAGGCUCGAUGCCAUCGCCUUCCAAACAGCCAAGGCCUCCAGAGAGAUUGCCAGUGAUUUCCGCUACAAAGAGGCGUUCGUGAAGGGCAAGGGCCAGCAGGUGGGGAUGCUGAGCGUGGAGGACGACCCCAAGAUGAUGCACUCGUUGGCCAUGGGCAAGCUGCACAGCAACACCGAGUACAAGAAGCAGUCCCACGAGAUGCACUCGCAGUUCAAGAUGCACGCCAACCAGCCCGAGUUCCUGCUGGCCAAGAAGAGCCAGGCUCAGGCCUCAGACAACAGCUACCGCACACGGCUCCACGACUACACCUGCGACCCUGAGCAGCUCAAUAUGAAACACGCCAAGAAAGCCUACAAGCUGCAGAGUGACGUGGACUACAAGUCAGACCUGAACUGGACUAAGGGAGUGGGCUGGACCCCUCCAGGCUCCCAUAAGGCAGAGAUGGCGCGCCGUGCCCGCGAGCUGGGCCUGGCAGAGGGAGUAGACGCAGACGAGGCCAUCGCCAAGUACCAGCACCUACUGAUGUACCAGCGACAGAUGAUGAUGGAGCAGCAGCAGCAGGAGGAGGAGGAGUGUGCCAACCAGGCGGAGAACAUGGAGGAGUUCCUCCAACCUGGCGUCAACCCGGACGCCAUGGAGGUCCUCCACGUCAAGAGGAAGAAGGUCCAGACCAUCAAUACCAACUUCAGGAAGGCCGGCGCCACGACCAGCAACGCCCAGUCCUCAUCCGCCAUGCAGUCCGCCGCCACCUCACAGAAUAACCCUCUGGCCUCCAACUCCUCAACCGCCAUGCAGUCCGCCAUCGCCUCCAAGACUACCGCUCUGGCCUCCAGCUCCUCAUCCGCCAUGCAGUCCACCAUCGCCUCCAAGACUACCGCUCUGGCCUCAAGCUCCUCAUCUAGCAUGCAGUCCACCAUCACCUCCAAGACUACUGCUCUGGCCUCCAGCUCCUCAUCUUCCAUGCAGUCCACCAUCACCUCCAAGACUACCGCUCUGGCCUCCAGCUCUUCAUCCACCAAGCAGUCUGCCGUCACCUCCCAGACUACCGCUCUGGACUCCAGCUCCUCUAACACCACUAUGUUAGACUGAUGUUCCUUGUUGUUUUAAUC